UUCAUGGCGUCUGCCUGUGAUGUUUGUAAACGUCAUCUUGUACGAUAUAAAUUGCCCUCAGCCUACAAGACUUGGCAUAAUCACAUCAACCUUGUCACUUGAUACGGUAAUUCGUUCAGAAAUAAUGCGUAAAAUUAAUGAUUUGUGAGUAUCUCCGAGAUUAUAGACGCAAUAAGCCAGACUGCAUGGGGUUUAUGGGUUAAUCUACAUAUAGAGCAACAGUGAGAUUUCUGGGAAAUCACCUACUGACUACUUGAUAAAGGCCGUAGAACUUCCAUCAAGGACGUACGUGGACCUGUUCUCUCUACUACCGCACGAAUACUGCAACCACUUCAGUCUGUGUUGCACCGGGGUUAUAUGGUUGCAGCACUUGUACUCGUUGCGCAAGUUGGGAAAGCUGAGUUAGUUGGUGGUGCUAGGAGAAUGUUUAUUUUUACUGGAAAGUUGUCUUCGUGUCAGUAAAGUUGAUGGCAUUGCAGAGCCGUCACGGUGAACGUGACUCCUCAUUUUACUACAACUUUAAUGCAUAAAUUAUCAAGUCAAGGUGCUUGAUAACUUGGAUACAUACACUGAGCAUGCAUAUUGUCUUGAUAUCGGCAAUAUACUUUACUGAACUCUUAGGUGGUCAACGCCGUCUAGUGUACUUUUAUAAUUGUGUACGUGAAUAGUUUAAACCGAUUCUGUGCAUCGUUCGCCGUCUUCGUUUUGAUAUCUCACCUCCAUUGCUGCUUCCGAAAUGGCUUCACGUCUUGUCAAUUCCCUUGUGGAGAGCUCUGGUCAGAAAUGUCUGCAGAUCAUCCAACUGCCACUUGUGAUUUUCAUUUUCUGUCUGUGUUUGACAAUGUCGAUAAAACUAUCAGCAGCUCAAACAGUGGAUACGACCGAGGUAAACACGACGACAGAGACGGAUUUUUUGACCGAUAAUUUGACGGAUAUUGUCACUGAGUUUGUGGAUAAUGAGCCGGGGACCACACUCAGUACCACCGUUGAAACAGUGGAGGAAUAUACUGCCGAAGAAACCACACAAGAGCUCACAACAGAGUCAGACCUUGUGACCGAGACUGUGACAGAUACCUUGGAUAAUGAGACGGGUACCGUACUCAAUACCACCGUUGACACAUUGGAGGAAUUGACCACUGAAGAAAGCACACCAGAACUCAUAACAGAUCUUCCUGGGUCAACUUUUGUUAUACGAUUUAACAUUAGCAACAAAGACUACGACAACAUCAAGAACCAAACCGAAAGGGAAGAACUGGAAAGAUUGCUGGUCCAAGAGUUUAAAGAAUUGUUCAUCGGAAACAAAAAGUUGAAAUCCGUGACUGUAUCGGAAUUGCGAAACGGAAGCAUUAUUGCCGACGUGAAACUAGAAUUUAAAGAAGUUCUCAACAUCAAAGAGCGCGAAGAAGUGAUAAUGACUCUCUUCGAGCAAGUUGUACUGAAUGGAACGUUGGGGGCGUUUGAGGUGGAAGACUUGAAGCUUGUAUCGGGGAAUGGGGAAGUUAUGGAGCUGAACAAUGCAUGUGAUGUUCGACCGUGCCUUCAGACUGAGAUGAAAUGCAUGGCUUCAGGAAUCAAGUGUACAGCAAGUUGUAGCGACAACAAAGGCUACUGUUUGAAUAAUUCUACAUGUCAAGAAAGUAAUGAUUACAUUCAAUGCAAAUGCAAGAAAGGUUUCUUCGGCUAUCGAUGUGAUAAGAAACCAUUGCCACCAAGUGGUGGGAGAGAUGAUAAUGCCUACAUCGGAAUCAUCGCAGCUGCUGGGAUCGCUGUUGUCUUACUGCUAGUGAUGAUAAUUGGAUGUGGCUAUAACAGAUUAGUUAACCGGGGGAAGGAAUGUGAUACGUCUAAGCUGUUCCCAGCUGAGAAUUCGGUGGCUCUGGAGAUGCUAGAUGAACCUCCUCCUGUUGUAGGGGGCGUGGCUUGUCAGACAAUCGAAUCCUUUCUCCUGACCAAGUAUAUGAAGCAUGGCGUUCCACCCAAACCAGGUUUUCAGCACGAGAUCGUUCAGACCAAUGAAUCUUUCCUUCUGGCGAAAGCUCAGCGAGAACGUGAGGCUGCUGUUAACAAUGUUCCAGCAAGCAGCACACAGAGCGGUAACGGGGCCUCACCGCCUCCAACCUCGGCACCAACCCCGGUGGGGUCGACAGAACAAGACUGUAAGACCGAACAAGAAAAACAACCGAGUACGGAACCAAAGCAAGGAAUAAGCAAUAAGGCCUUUGUGGAGGAUGAAUGCGACAUAGUUCCCACCGCAGAGGUAACUGGAGAGGAGGCCAAAGCAGACAUUGGAAAGAAGAUUAUAAAAGUAUGAAAUGACAUCACGAAGUGUCUGUUGGAGAAAAGAAUGGAAAGUUUUGACUGCUCAUGUUCGUAUCGUAGUACAUGUAUUGACGUAGAACCUAGACUUUCUAUUAAUUUACGAUUUUUACUCACUAUGCCUUCAUUUGUAACAGCUUAGCAUUGGUUACUUAUAAUCGUGGGGAAGGAAGGGCCCAUGACGAGUAGUUAGUACACAUUUUAAGCAAUACAUGUAUUCGAACGUCGAUCUGAACAUGUGGAGUAUGAUCACGUUGUAAAAUGUAUAUUAGAAUCGUUAACAGCUGUAAAAACAUCAUACAUUUUGAGAAUUUGGAAGUCGGCUGGCUGAUAUGCGUUCCUUUUGCCAAAGAAUGCAGGAGUUGGUGAUUGUUGUGAUCUCUGCAUUAUGAGAAACUGAAUUUUAACAGCAGAGCAUGACUAAAUUCAUCUUCAAUUAAUCAAACUUGAAAACAGUUAUUAAUGGUAGAUUCUCCUCCAUUGGAUAAGAUUUAUCUUAGUUGAGUGGUUGAGUUAAGCUUCGAUUUAUUUGAAGGACACUACCGUCUAAACAUGAUUUCCAAGGGGAGCAUGAACGGUGCAUUCUUGAGUUUGUUGCUGUUUUAUGAGCCAUAAACUACAAACAGAUCAAGUAUACCUACUGUUGUCGUAAAAACCAAAUCUCUUCAGAUUGAAGUAAAUACUUAGUUUGAUACAAAUGGUUUGAUAAACCGUCUUCAGGUGUGACUUACAUAACGACUAAAAUAAGAAAUGGAACUGUUAGUGAUGUAUGUGAUUGUUAUAGGUACCAGCUGUUGGCCAUAUCGUAAUACGACCCGAGGCAGCGGAUGGGUAUAAAUGGAGACUGGCCAUGAACAAGAUGUGACUUCAACUCAGUUGCAAAGUGUGUGUCAGCUUGUCAGGUAGUUGUUGGAGUGGGAUUGCCGUCUUGUGCUCCAUAGAGAAGUAAAUUGUACACGCCGUGUCUAUAUACAUUUCAUGUACCAAUAUUUCAACUUCAGCUUCUUGUUUCGUGUUCCAUGGGUAUUGCCCAAGCUGAAACAUCUUUUUGAGCUAUUAAUAUUUGGAAGUACAUUUGCUUCUGAGCUCAAUAUGCUUAUCCCUUGUAAAUGAAAGAGGGAUGCUAUAGUAUAUAUAUAAAACAAGAAACAUUCUUUCCAAAAUAUUGCUGUCGUUCACUAGAUAUUGCAGAUCAGUUUGUUUUAAAGGGACUGUGUUUUCCAAAAUGAGGGGUUACUCCUAAUUACAGAUUAAACAUGUACAUGUUUAGUCGAGUUUCUUAACAUCUGUUUCUAUUGUGUAUGCAGAUUGUUUUAAGAAUAAUUUUAACAUCAGUAAGUGAACAAAUUCGUAAUGUUGUAAAUGCAUCCGGUUGUCAUGCUGUACUUAAAGUCUGUAGCUCAUUUAUUUCACUUUCUUUUCAUGAUUCUUUUGUAAUUUUCACAGUCCACAUGCUUUUCUUUUUUUCUCUUGUAAUGUUACUUCUAAUUAAUGUAAUUAAUUGUCGGAAAUUAAUUCCUUAAGUAAAGCUAUAAUUUUCCUAUUCCAAUGUUCGUCUGCACCUCGUAUUGGUUCUCUAGCUUAUUGUUUUUAUGCACUAGUAGUUUCCGCUGUAUAUUGCACUAAAGUAUUAAACCUAUUGUGCAGAUUUUGCAUCUACUGGGGCUGAGAAUGCCAGACAGUUAACAUCGAUGUGUGAUUGGAGUACUUACGUUCGAAUAAGUAUAUAUAUACUUUUCUGUGAUUUCAGAGAAUAGAAAAAUUACUGUGAACUUGAAAUGAUCUAUUUGCUCUCUGUACUGUAAUUUUCAAACUGAUGACGUUAACAUACCUUAAUAUUUGCUGUCCGCAUAAUAGUAUAAUUAAUUCGAAGACGUGUGACAUUGUGAGAUUUUAUUCUUUUAGUUUUUGUCAUUUCACUUAUCAUUUUACAAGAUUAUUGCGUACACUAUAUUAAUUCCAUGAAGACUUGAACUGAACUGCAGAAGGGAAAGAAAGGUCGUGGAUUCGAGUGUGGGCGUCACUGGGAUAUUUUUCAAAGGGACAGGAGAUAUUCAGGGGAAGGGGUGAAGUGCUCAUCACCGGCGAAAUAAUAAUCCAUUAUCGGUGGAAAGGAGUGUGUGAUUUCCGAGGUAUUUCCAACCAAUUUUUGAUUUUCAUCUCCUUUCCCUUGUUUUGUUUCUCUAAGCCUUUUCUUUCCUUUCUUUCUCCCAUUUGCCCUCUGACACUACGAACAUCUAACAGAAGAAACACAGUUCACCAACAAACAAUGAGUGUCCAUUGUUAUUGCCCCGUGCUUCGUUUGUUAGAUGUUCAUGGUUUGACGCCCGUAUAUUUUAAUCUCUAGUAAACGUUGUGAUCGUUUCCUCACUUGAUCGUAAGAAGAGUUUGAGAUGAUUAUGAAUUUCAUGGGCAGAAAAAAGUACAUGCUUAAUUGAUGUAGAAUAUGGCGAUAUCAAACCUGCUCUUAGGGCAUUCUGGUAGGCUGAGAAUGUCGUUAAUUAACUGAUAAUACAUUUAAAUGUGUGUAACGUGCUGAAUUCAAUGCGUUGGUGUCAAUACCAACCCCUGUUUUUUCAUAGGAUGUAGGUUUGCGGGUACACCAUGUAAAAAUUCUCUUUUGGGAAGAGGUGUGGUUCUGAGAAGAACCGGUGAGUGU